AUGUAUAGGACCCCCAUCAAGAACGUAGCUUCGGAGAUGUCGCCCACGAAGCCGGAAAAAACCGACCUGCGACCGUCAGUUAGAAAAAGCAUCGGGGAAUGGGAACUGGGUAAGACCUUCCACCUAUCACCAAACCCAGCGCAGGCGGGGACCGCGGGUGCUGACAUUACAUUGGAGCCAGCCCUCGCGGCCCCCACGGUGUUAAUCGUGGAAGCCGACGCUACGCAAACACAGGCCGGCCUGUCGAAGACCGAAACAAAACAACAACAAGUAAAAGCUGGGAACGCGGAAUCCGCAGAGACAGCACGGGCUGGCCCUUCACGCCAAAACACAAUUAUUAUAUCGCCGGCGAGAAAGACGCCCACUGCACCUGCAAAAAAGGCUUACGCAAGCAGAACGAUAGAGGCACGAGUCCUCCACGACAAGGCGACCGCGAGCAUAAAAGAGGGGAGAAACGUUAAAACCUCCAUAAAAAACGAUGUCCUGGAGGCCCUGGACAGGCUUUACCAAUUGGUAAAGGAAGCGGAUGCCGAGUCAAGGAAGGAGAGGCUCGGAGCCAACAGGGAGGUGCCUAAGGGAAAGAAAGAGGCCACUAAAAACUCGGCCGGAACGGACACCGACACCUUCCUGGCAAAACUAGAGGAGCAAACCAGGCUUAUAGAGGAAAACAGCAGGAAAAUGGACGAGCUGAGGGCCUCGAUGGAGACCCAACGGGAGACCCUAUCGAGUAUGGCAACGACCGCCACAUACGCAAGCGUAGCGGCGGCGGCGUCCUCGAACGUAACACAGGGUGCAGGAUCUACCUCAAGGAGAGGCACCCUGCACUCAGUGGUCGUAACCUCGACGGAUGAAACCGAAACGGGAGACGAGGUCCUCGGCAAGAUCAGGGAAGCAGUGGACGCUAAGGAGGGGUGGAUCAAGGUGGAGAGGGUACGGAAAGCGAAGGAUAGGAAAAUCAUAAUGGGUUUGGCAACUAGAGAGGAAAGGGAUAAGAUAAAAGAUAGGCUGACGAAAGAGGGAACAAAUCUUGUCGUUGAGGAUGCGAAAAAUAAGGACCCGCUCCUGGUCCUUAGGAGUGUCCUCACUAUAAACUCCGACGAGGACAUAGUGAGGGCCCUAAGAAACCAGAAUAAGGGGAUUUUCCGCGACCUCAAGGACGAAGAAAACAGGGUGGAAAUUAAAUAUAGAAGGAGAACGCGGAACCCACAUACUAGCCACGUUGUGGCCUGUGUCUCUCCCGCUAUAUGGCAGAGGGCAACGGAGGUGGGAACCGUCCAUGUGGACCUCCAACGCGUAAGAGUCGAAGACCAGACGCCGCUGGUGCAGUGCACACGCUGCCUGGGCUACGGCCACGGAAAGCGAUACUGCACUGCGACCGCGGACUUAUGCAGUCACUGCGGCGGUCCCCACCUACGCUCCGAGUGUGCCGAGUGGCUCGCGAAAGUCCCACCGAACUGCCGGAACUGUGUAAAGGCCGGACUGGAGGACACGGAACACAAUGCGUUCAGUCUGAUUGCACAAGCUAACCUGCAGCGAAAGAAACUUGCCACCGAAGAGCUCUAUGCGGAGGCGAAGCAGCGAGGUAUCGCUGUCGCGCUUCUGCAGGAACCAUACGUGGGAGGGGCAAAAGUGACAAGAAGCUACGGAGGAGUACGGAUCUUCCAGGGCACUGGCGCGGGGGAGGGAACGGUAAAGGCUGCGAUCGCCGUUUUUGACGACAACAUUAAAGUGACACAAUACCCGAAACUUACCACCGAUAACGUGGUAGCAGUAAGCAUCCAAACCAGUGCCUGGGAAGUAGUACUUGUUUCCCUGUACCUAGAACCGGACCAACCCAUGGAACCCCACCUUGAGCAACUUGAGAAAGUUGCAAAAGAACUAAAACCACAGAGGUGGAUAAUAGGCGGAGACUUUAACGCGAAAAGCACCUGGUGGGGUAGCCCUAUAGUUGAUGCCAGGGGGGAACAGUUGGCCACUGUACUGGAUGAGCUUGGCCUGAACAUACUCAACAGAGGGGAUACUCCAACUUUCGACACCGCUAGGGGUGGCAUACACUACUCAAGCUAUGUUGAUGUAACGGCCUGCUCCAUCGACAUGCUUGACCUGGUAGACGACUGGAGAGUUGAUCAGGGGCUAACAAGCUCGGACCACAACGGCAUUCUUUUUAAAGUCAAGUGGACAAAACUGGUUGGCAUAACGGUACACAGGACCACAAGGAAAUUCAACACUAAAAAAGCCAAUUGGUCUGAGUUUCAUGGAAAACUCAGAGAAUUGAUGCAAGAUCACAAAUUAGUAAAGUCCGAAAUAGAAAGCCUAAAUAACAAUAUAAAAAUAGAGAAAGUAGUAACAGAGUUCAAUGCCGUAAUAGAAGAAGCCUGUGUAUCGUCCAUGCCUAAAAAGAAAGUUAAACAGCAACUAACACUGCCGUGGUGGUCCGAUGAACUUGCCAAAAUGAAAAAAGGGGUUGCUACCAGAAAGCGCAGGGUGGGGUGUGCUGCCCCUGUUCGGAGGUCGAAAGUAAUAGAAGAGUACGUGCAAUACAAGGAGGAGUAUGAACGGGCUGCCGCCAAAGCGCAAGUGGACAGCUGGAAAGAGUUCUGCCAUAAACAAACCAGGGAGGGGGUCUGGGAGGGCAUCUACCGGGUAAUCGGAAGGACCGCACGCAGGGAAGAGGACUCACCGCUAGAGAAAGAUGGAGUAGUGCUUGACGCGAUGGGUUCAGUACGCCUGAUUGCGGAAACGUUCUACCCCAAGGACUGCACCACUAACGACAAUGAUUACCAUCGUCAGGUGAGGGAUAGAGCCGACAUUGUGAACGAGGGGGAGCAAGAUAACUCUUGCGAACCCUCGUUCACAAUGGCGGAACUGAAGCGUGCGUACGACUCCUUUAAUCCAAAAAAGGCUCCGGGGGAGGACGGCUUUACCUCUGACAUUUGCCAACACGCCAUAGAGACCGACCCAGAAAUGUUCCUUGCACUGUUGAACAAGUGUCUAAGUCGAGGAUACUUCCCUGGAGCUUGGAAAUCCGCAACGGUGGUGGUCCUCCGAAAGCCUGGUAGAGGAGACUAUGCAACACCCAAAUCGUACCGGCCAAUAGGACUGCUCCCGAUAAUGGGAAAAGUGUACGAAAAGAUGGUGGUGAACAGGCUGAAGUUUCAUCUAUUGCCUCAAAUGAGUGAUCGUCAAUAUGGGUUUAUGCCACAACGCAGCACCGAGGACUCCCUUUAUGUCCUAAUGAAAUACGUACGAAAGAAAUUAGACUUGAAAAAGAUUGUAACUUUGAUAUCACUGGAUAUAGAGGGGGCCUUCGAUGGUGCUUGGUGGCCGGCAAUAAGGACCCGGUUAGCGGACGAAAAUUGCCCUAUCAAACUGAGACGCGUGAUCGACAGCUACCUCACAGAUCGAAGAGUAACAGUUAGAUACGCGGGAGAGCAAUUCAGACUGGAAACCACAAAGGGAUGCGUACAGGGAUCGAUAGCUGGCCCCAUCCUGUGGAACCUGCUCCUGGACCCGUUACUAAAAAGCUACUCGCAAAGGGGCGACUACUGCCAGGCAUUCGCAGAUGAUGUUGUGCUCGUCGUUGAUGGUGAUACAGCCCUGGAAAUUGAAAUGCGCGCUAACGCUGCACUCGACCAUGCUCGGGAGUGGGGUGUCAGAAAUAAGCUUCGAUUCGCACCUCAUAAGACUAAUGCUAUGGUUAUUACACGGAAACUUAAAUAUGACACCCCUCGUCUGAGUAUGGGCGGAACCAGCAUCAACAUGGUAAAAGAAAUGAAAGUACUUGGUGUAACCAUUGACGACAAGCUGACAUUUAAUAGCCAUGUCUCGAAUGUCUGCAGGAAAGCAAUAGCUGUCUACAAACAGCUAUCUAGGGCUGCAAAAACAGACUGGGGACUCCAUCCUGAAGUCAUAAAAACAAUUUAUGUGGCAACUGUAGAGCCCAUUAUCCUGUAUGCCGCCAGUGUUUGGGCGAUGGCUGCAAACAAGUUGGGCGUCCAAAGGCAGCUGGCAGUGGUGCAACGCGGAAUGGCGCAGAAAAUUUGUAAGGCGUACCGCACCGUUUCCCUCAACUCGGCGCUGGUCCUGUCGGGGAUGCUCCCUCUUGACCUCCGAGUGCGAGAGGCGGCUUCGCUGUACGAAGCCAAGAAGGGAGAGUCUCUACCUGCCCUAUGGCCUGGAGAUAGAGAGGUGGAACAAAUGGCAUCCGCAACUAAAAUGCCCCAUCCCGCGGAUCGCGAUGAGUUGAGGGUGGUUCGCCUGGUGAACCAAGACGAUGUGGACUCGAACAGCGAGUUCGACGUACGGAUAUUCACCGAUGGUAGCAAGUUUGAGGGCGGGGUUGGAGCCUCACUUUCUAUCUGGAAGGGAGAAACCGAAUUCAAGGCCCACAAGCUUGCUCUAUCGAGAUACUGCACGGUUUACCAGGCGGAGCUCCUUGCUCUAUGCAAGGCCACUAGGGAAGCGAAAAAGUAUAAUGAGAAAUCGUAUGGAGUCUACAGCGAUUCCAUGGCGGCCCUCCAAACAAUACAAAACCACAGUUGCCUUCACCCCCUUGUCGUAGAGGCCAGAGAGAACUUAAAAUCCAUGUCUCUCCAGGGUAAAGUAGUUACUCUACACUGGAUUAAAGCUCACGCAGGGUUAGAGGGCAACGAGCGGGCAGAUGAGUUAGCAAAAGGAGCAGCUGUAGGCUCCAAACGAAAGCCAGACUACGACCAUUGCCCGGUCUCGUUCGUCAAGCGUAGCAUCCGCAUGUCGACGCUUGACGAAUGGAACCGGAGGUAUAAGUCUGGAGAAACGGCUUCCAUCACGAAGUUAUUCUUCCCAGAUGCAGUGGCGGCAUACAGAGUGACGAGGAAAUCUGCGCCAAACAAUCUAAAGACGCAGUUGAUGACGGGACACGGUGGAUUCUCUGAGUACUUGAACCGCUUCAAGUGUAAGGAGAGUCCAUCGUGUGUCUGUGACAACAAUAAGCAAGAAACGGUGCCACAUGUAAUAUUCGAGUGUCCUGUUCAUGAAUGUGAGCGCUUUGACUUAGAACAAAAAAUUAAAACUAGCAUAACCAUCGACAACCUGCAAAAUAUAAUGGCUAGUGCGGAAAUGAACACAUUUAUAGAGUUUUGCUUAAAAAUUGUGAGGAGAGUUGUAAAACGGAAUAAAACUAGAUAG